AUGGAUGUGUCAAUCCUUCUCCAGGUCGCUCUCAGCUGUGGGGUCGUCUUACUGUAUUCGGUCGUUGGCAACUUUUUUCUGAUUUACCUGGUGUCCGAACCCUCCAACGAUGCCCUUCAUCUUUUGCGAUUGACCAAUGCCUUCUGCCCGCCACGAACUGAGCCUUCAAUAUUUGGCCGCGACGUGAACAAUCCAAGGGAAAAUAGUUACUACUCAGAAGAUGGUCUGUUCCCCGGUCAAUCUUUAUUUAAAGAAACGCCGGAAUUUAUUUCAUUGAUCUUACUCGUGCUAUGCUCUCCUCAUGUCCGUGUGGGAUGUGGCCGAACAGAAGAUGACUUCGGCGAAGACAAUUUUUCGGACGUGCUGGAGGAGUCAUCCUUUUGCUUACGGGGUAGGUUCCAUUCGAUCGAACAGACUUUUGCUUCCUCGGCUCACAGAGGUUGCCUCCUAGACUCCUUCGAGCAUGGACAUAGCCAUAGGAUAUCCAUCAAACCGCCGGCGUUUGUACAUCAAGCUAGUGUCGCGGAAAUCACUACGGGAGAUCAUAAAUCGACAUCCAGCGCCAGAAGAUCUAGUACUACCUUUGCACCCGAAACGCAUCAUCAUGAGAAUGAAAAAGUGAACCGACUGUUUUCUUUAAUCACUAAAGGUACUGGAUCCCAUACGAGUCAAGAAAGUGCAAAUCGAAAAAAGUCAUCGGGCUUCUAUCCAAACAGCUCCUGUGUGUCGGAGCCUAAUGGGGCAUGGGGACACUUCGCAGACAAAAAGAAAAAGCUUUUUACCGUUCGGCCUGGCAUCAACGCUCUUCGACGAUUAAAUCAAUCCAAACAAGUCCACCAAGUCGACCAGCCGAAGCUACCAUCGCAUGCCAACCGGAUAGACUACAUGAGUACUGUUAGGACUCGCUUCAAGCUCAUCAGCUCCAAAAAACUCUCACUCAAGCCGAUCAACAAAGCUAUCGAGCCUGCACGGCGGGUGGACAUCCAUCGAUCAUCAGAAAUCGAUGGACGAAGGAUGUCUUCCGUUUUAUUUGGUACGGCCUAG